AUGUCAGGCAGUUCGACUCCCUCAUUAUCAGCUUCGACACCCACGCUAUACGACUCUGAACGAGAGAUGCCUAAUGAACGUACUCACCUUUUGGGUAAACGUAAAUCCGUAGAACCAUUAUCACCCAUCAUCUCGCAUUCACAGUCACAGCCACAGGAUCAAGAUCAAGAAGCCCAAGAGUCUCAGGAGGAAGGAGAAGAGGUGGAAGUAUAUGUACCAGGCAAAGCAUCUUUCUCCCAGACUCUUUUGAACGUAUUGGGAGAUCUGAUAGGGACGGGACUGUUAGCUUGUCCAGUAGCUAUUGCCUAUGCAGGAUGGGUGUUGGGGCCUAUAUUCCUGUGUAUAAUAUGCGCAGUCACUUUAUGGACACUCAAGAUAUUGAUUAGGAUAAUAGAGAAAGAUCGACGGAUGCGAAACUUCGCUGAUGUUGCCAGGUACGGGUUGGGUGAAAGAGCUGAGAAGUGGAUAACGGGGUUGUUUGUUGGCGAUUGUUGUAUAUGGCUUAUCGCCCUCAUCGUCCUUUUCUCGGACACGAUGGAAGCUGUCUUACCUGUAUUUUCAAGUAACCAGUGGAAACUUGUUGGACUAGCUGUUAUCAUUCCUCUAAACUUCGUUCCACUCCGAUACCUAUCCUACACCUCAUUCCUCGGAGUCCUAUCAACCUGGACCCUAGUCUGUAUCCUGAUCUUCACAGGUCUCACCACGACCGAAUCACCCGGAUCAAUCUCUCAUCCAUGUCCUACGGACCUAUUCCCAACUCACGGAUGGAUCAAAUUGGGUAUUUCCUUUGGACUGUUGAUAAGCGGAUUUGGUGGUCAUUUCCUAAUACCGAAUCUGAUUAGAGAUAUGAAAGAUCCCCAACAGGCUGAUACGGUCGUUGAAGUUGCUUAUGGAAUUUGUAUGGUCGUUUAUGUCAUUGUGGCUGUAUUUGGUUAUUUGAUGUUUGGAAGGGAUGUCUCUGAUGAAAUAAGUAGAGAUUUGGCGAAAACCCCUGCUUUCUCGCCCACCUUGGCGAAGAUCGCAGUAUGGAUGGUAGCGUUGAACCCCUUGACCAAGUUGCCCUUGGGAUUAAGACCUCUAUGUGACGUAGUCUACACAUGGUUUCAUCUUCAACCAACCAUCUACCUACCCACCAAACACACCCCUACACUUGCAUCUUCUUCUACAUCUUCACCGAUCUACUACGGAGAAAGCGAUGAACCCCUCACACCGACAGUCGCCUCAUCCACCUCUACCCUCCUGGUAUUCCCCGAGAUCGUUCAUACGAAAUCCAAAUUGGAAAAACAACAUGAUCGACGUGAACUUUUGAAAAAAUACAUCUUCCGACCCGGUAUAUCAAUCUUGUUGAUUAUUUUCUUCAUAUUGGGUGCAUUGGUAUUACCUUCCUUCGAAACUAUAAUGAGUAUAAUGGGAGGUGGGCUAUCGGUUAUCAAUUGUAUACUCAUACCUUUAGCUGCUGGAUCAAGUUUGUUCGGAUGGACAAAGAAAGAUAAGAUUGUUUUUGGACUGGCGGGUUUGGUGGCGGUCAUUAGUGUCGUUUGUGCUUUGUUGAAUGAAAGUACUGCCUCUGCGACUGGUGUAUAA